AUGAGCGGCGGCGCGCCGCCCCGGACCCCGGCCCCCGCGCUCGGCGUCCCCGGGGGCAGCGCCGCCCGGCGCCCCGCGUCCCCGGAGCUGCUGCGCUGCGGCCGGCGGCGGCGGCCGGAGGGGCCCGGGGGCGGCGCGGGGGCCGGGGCGGGGGCGGCCGUGGCGCGGCGCAACGCGCGGGAGCGCAGCCGCGUGCGGCGGGUGAACCUGGGCUUCCAGGCGCUGCGGCAGCACGUGCCGCGCGGCGGCCGGAGGCUCAGCAAAGCGGAGACGCUGCGCUCGGCCGCCGCGUACAUCCGGGCGCUGCAGCGGCUGCUGGCCGAGCAGGACGGGGGGCUCCUGGCGCCCUCCGGGGGGCCCCCCGCCGCCGCCCCGCCCUCCGGCGGCAGCUCGGAGCCCGGCUCCCCGCGCUCCGCCUGCUCCUCCGACGGCAGCGGCGGCGAGGGCGCGCCGAGCCCUGCGGAGCGCGAGCUGCUCGGCUUCCCCGUCUGGCUGGGCGGCUGCUGA